AGUAACCCAGCUCUGAGGCUGAGCGUGCACGUCGGGUUAAGAUCGGACACGGACCUCGAUAUAAGAAAAUAUCAAUGUGCACCUCUUCUUCUUCUGCGUGUAGUGUCUGGAGUCCGGAGCCGAUCGCUGGACCGGAGCUGACUUGUGAUUCUUUCUGGCUCGCUUUGCUGCAGCUGCUCUGAGUGGGGGAGCUGCUGUGCGCCCCGAGGGGAAGACACCACGUUAGCCCUGGAAAUGGAUCAUGCCAGUUUUACGCGUAAAUAACAUUACUGAGGUGAGAGUGUGACAGCUGGAGUGGACAGGACCGGUGGGGGAUCACAGAGGAGGGGGACACACUGACGUUGUCUGGCUGCCAGUCGGAUAUUUAAAUGGUCCGUGCGCAACCACCGCUGGCACUACUUCUUAUAAAACCGUACACAUCUCCACGGAGCUGAGUCUCUUCCCUUCUUCUGUCCCGACACAACCGCAUCCAGUCCUCAUCAUGGAUCUGCUGGAGUGUCCGCUCUGCCUCUUCCUCAUGGCCGAGCCAGUGACCGUGUCGUGCGGCCACUCGUUCUGCCGGAGGUGCGCGGUCGGGGGGUUCCUCCCGUCCAAGUGCCCGGCGUGCAAAGCCAGGCUGAAACAAAGGGAGGUGAGGGCCACCAAGAACAACGUCCUGCUCAUCAGCGUCGCGGGCAAGUGCUGCCCGGACCAGACCCUGAGCACGUGCCACAUCCAGGAGAAGCUGAGAGCCAGCGCCUUCCCCGAGGCUUUACGCAUCGCCAGCGAGGGUCUGGACAAGGCCCCAGAUGACCUGAGCUUGAAGUUGUACAGAGCAGAAGCUCACUGCGGCCUGAUGCAUUUCUCUGAUGCUCUCACAGACCUCGACUACCUCUGCUGCCUUCGACCCAACUGGGCCGAGGGCUUCUUUCGUAAAGGGAAUGUACUGCUGGAGAUGGGUCAGCAGACAGAAGCUCUCAUCCAGUUCCACCACUGCCUCAAACUGCAAGCCGACUUCAUUCCUGCAAAGAGUCAGAUCAAGAAGAUCCUGGAGGCGGAGGGCAUGGCUGUGCCGGAGGAGGUGCCCUGCAUCCUGCAGGUUGUAUCAGAGUACCUGAAAGAGCCCUGCCCAAUCACCAGCCUCAGUGGCUCCCAGGGGCCGAUGCACCCUGAGGCCCUCAAACAUCCACUUGGGGAAGAGGGGGAGGGUAAAGGGAGAAGAGAGACACACCAGGUGAAACACGACUCGGGUACGGAGUGCUGCCUCAGCCUCUGCCAGGCUGUGUCCUUCCUCCCUGCAGCCGAAGAGGACGAGGAGAUGAUGAAAGAAGAUGAACAGGGCACAUGUGAAAGUAUUCAGCGCAGAGAGAAAACUCUGGGUGUUCUCACGGUGUCAGACUUUGAGUGCCCCCUCUGCAUCAGGCUGUUCUAUGAGCCGGUCACGACCCCCUGUGGUCACACCUUUUGCAAAAACUGCAUAGAGCGGAGUCUGGACCACAACCUCCGCUGUCCCCUCUGCAAACAGCCACUGCAAGAGUAUUUAAAAAACAGGAAGUACAACCCCACGCUUCUGCUUCAGGACAUCAUGAACUAUUGUUUCCCAUCACAGUUGGCUGAGAGGAAGCAGGUGCACGAUGCCGAGAUGGCUGAAUUGUCCAAUCUAAAUAAGGACAUCCCUAUAUUUGUCUGCACGGUGGCGUACCCUGGAGUCCCAUGCCCCCUGCACAUCUUCGAGCCUCGGUACCGGCUGAUGAUGCGCCGCUGCAUGGAGACAGGCACCAAGAAAUUUGGCAUGUGCAGCUAUGAGCAUGGCAAAGGGUUUUCUGACUACGGCUGUAUUCUGGAGAUCCACAGUCUGGAGCUGCUGCCUGAUGGACGGUCUUUCGUGGACACUGUGGGUGGCAACAGGUUCAAGGUGGUUAAGAGAGCUCAGAGAGACGGCUACCACACCGCUGACAUAGAGUACCUGGAGGACCUCAAGGUGGAAGACAGUGAGUUAGAGCUUUUGCAGGGUCUUCAUGACAGUGUCUACCAGCAGGCUCAGGAAUGGUACAUGCGCAUGGGCAGCCGCAUUCGCGAGCAGAUCAACAAACAGUACGGCACCAUGCCAGAAAAGGAGGAAAACAUUCAGUCCUCAACCAAUGGUCCAGCCUGGUGCUGGUGGCUGCUGUCCGUCAUGCAGCUGGACCCAGCCUAUCAGACCACUGUCCUGUCCCUGACCUCGCUCAAAGACCGCCUGGGACACAUCCGCCUCGUUCUCGAGUACUUCUCUCAGAGCUAGACUGCAUCACAGUGUCUUACAUGCGCACGGAUACAUGGAGUGAAACCAUUGAACGCACUCACACCACAGAGCUUUGGGACUUUUACAUUUUUUUUGGACUACUCUGAAUCAUAGAGGGACUGUUAUAAAAUCACAGCUCAAGGCCAAAUCACCUUGUCGAAAGGUGAAAGGGUUGUUGUCUUACAAAACGGAGCAGUUGUGCGGGGUUGGAUUUUUGCUGUUUGAAUUUGCAUAUGUUUUCCUUCUUACGCCAUCUUCUUCCCUGGGAAUUCAAGUUUUUAGAGUCGUGUCUGAACGCACAUUGUACUUAAUUGCAGGGUUGGCAAAAGAUGCUUCUUAUUUUUGGUCCUCAAAAAGUGCUAAAUUAUAAUAUUGUUAUUUGAGGAUAAAAUAAGUCGUUAUCUAAAUAAUAUUAUCAAAGUCAACACUAGGUGUCACUGUUUUUCACCAGUUGUUACAAACAUGGGCAACAUGCAAGAGAAUCACCUGAGCUAGUACAGUAUAGUGACUCAAUUCUAUUUAAACGUUUUGCAGCAGUACAGCUAAGUUUGGAGUGAGAAUAAACAUUACUACCACAACCCAAUUACACAGACGUUUUCAGGACUAUGCACAUCAGAGGAUUGAAGUUCACGCAUUGCAUGCGAAUAUUUGGAGUGAUUUUCAUUUGCUGGGGGGCUUUAUGUGUAACACCUUCUUCUUAGUUGCAACUAUUGGCCUUGGCAGCAAUUGACUGUGACUCACUUUAUGCCAUUUAGUAAUCCCAAAAGAUCCCUAUUUCCUAUUAGUAAAUAUCGCAAUAACAAUUUGAAGUGUCACUUGGAAUAGCAGCAGCUGGAGGAGAUUUUUUUACAUGGAUAACACUGCUGCUGUCGUAAUUUUCUGGUGAAAAAUUUGAGGAGAUUGAUUUGGUCGAUUCAGGCGUACCAGCUUUGUUUUAUACGUAUGAGCCAGUUUGAUUAUGUGUGUGGAUUUGUCUGGUGUGGAUGCAGCACUUUAUGUUUGAGUUUCAUCUGUAGAAAAAGAGUUACUUUUGUCAGUCGACGUGAUUUUGUGUGAGCACCGAUGACAGCUGCCUUGAAAUGCAGUGACGCAGUGUGUAACAUCUCCUGUGCAGGGACCGGUGUAGAGGCCGAGGCUGGGUCCCCCUGCGGUGGCUCUGUAUGAGUGGGCCACCACACCCACUGUACCUCCGGCCCCUAACUCUGUCUCUGUGUGAGCGAUUGGCCCUUCUAACGACGCACCAUGGUGCCUUCGAGUGCCGGGGCCACACGACCUGGAGACCUGCAAGUAUUCGUCACAACACUAUAAGGACAUGCGUGAUUUUUGUCAUCUUCAUAUUUUGAGUGCCACAUUCCAUGGAAUGUUAAAUCUGCAAUGUUACGUGGAGAUAUUUCACAAACACUAACAAAUAUGGGCUUAACUGGGUGAAGCAAGAGUUGAUGUGGUUUAUUUUGCACUUUGAUAAUUUUUUUCUGUGAAAUGUGUUGAAAAGCUAAUGUUUAACUCUCUGUAAUUACACGGACACUGACAUCAAUUUCACCAUCAAAGUGUGCAUGCGAGGCUCCACGUGGACACCUGCGAUGUCCCCCCCCCCC